AUGAGAGUGCGGCGCACCUUGCAUGGUUUCGGUGCUUUCGAUCAUCCUACCACGGGUAAUCUCGAACUCUUGGGGCAUCGACUUAUUCGGCUGCAGAGACACACUCCUUGUAGGCUUUGUUCACCCCAGGCUCUAAUCAAAAGCUCUGUCGACAGCUCUUGUGAACAAAACCGCAGCUCAGAAGCCUGUGGAACGUAA